AUGGCACAUCCAUCGCUCAAGCGUGCGGACGAGUUCUUGGAAGUGUUCAACCGCAAGUUUGACAAGAAGUACAGCAGCAUAGAGAGCUUCAAUGCUGCACGCAAGCCCUACUGGCAAAUGAUCCUCACUGGCAUGGAGCGUGCCGAAGCCUGCAAGUCCUGCCCCUUCGUCCGUGCCAUAGUGGCCAUGGAAGUCGCUGUCCGGGCAGGGCACGCCGGGAUGCUACCUCCGAAAGCUUCUGCCAAGAUGUUCAGUGGUAUCGAGUCGAAGCUCCAGAUUCCCAUCGAGACUUCUAAAGAUGGGGUUCACUUGCAAGAUGAGAAGAUCCCAGCCAUACUUGCGAUGGCCAUCCGAGGACUCCCGUCUCGUAAUGAAAUCCCAGCACCAGUGCUUGCCCGGCUGCUCUAUGGGGCCGAGGGCCUCGCCGUUUGUGAUCACAUCACUGGCUGGGUUAAGGAGGGCAAGGAGCUUGCCUACUGGGAGCAUGACUUCAAACACUUCGCAAACUUGCUUUUGGACCACCUCGAAGUCGAUCAGCAGUCUCGUGCCGCCUUCGACGGCAAGGUGGCCCGAAAAAUCGAGGGCGCCAAAGCCCGUCGCCUGGAGGGUUUGCAGCGCAGCAUGCAGGAUGGCUCUUUGCAGGAGAUGCUGCAGCAAGCCAUGCGGCCCAAAAUCCAAGAGUAUCAGGGAGGCCCCUGGCGCCCUAUGACAGAUGAAGAGCUGGAGGAAGAGCAGCAGUUCUUGCGGGGUCAGCCCUAG